GUAUAAUGUGUAAAAACAUUUCAACGUGUAUCGGUGAAAACGAUGGCGAAUCAAGUCUGUGAAUUUACCGCAUGAAGAUGGGUUUCUUCUGAAAAGGGGGAAAAAGUCGAACUCCGUUAGCGAAUUCUAGGGUUUUGUUUGGAUUUCUGUGAAGAGGAAAAAAUGUGGCCUUUCGGAUGGAAAGGGGCGUCUGGGUUCUCAGCUCGUUCCACAGCUGAAGAAGUCACUCAUGGAGUCGACGGCACUGGUCUCACCGCCAUUGUCACGGGUGCCUCGAGUGGUAUUGGACAAGAGACAACUCGUGUUCUUGCACUUCGCGGUGUACAUGUGAUUAUGGCUGUUAGGAACACAGAUUCCGGGAAUCAAGUCAGAGGAGCAAUUCUCAAGGGAAAUCCCGAAGCCAAGAUCGAUGUGAUGAAGUUAGAUCUUAGCUCAAUGGCAUCUGUGAGGAACUUUGCGUCAGAGUACAAGUCCUCUGGUCUUCCGCUGAAUCUUCUCGUCAAUAAUGCAGGGAUUAUGGCAUCUCCUUUCAUGCUUUCCAGUGACAACAUUGAAUUGCAGUUUGCAACCAAUCAUCUGGGUCAUUUUCUGCUGACAAACCUUCUUUUGGACAUAAUGAAGACAACAGCUCAGGAAAGCAACAGAGAAGGAAGGAUAGUUAUCGUCUCCUCCGAAGGCCAUCGGUUUGCUUACUGGGAAGGAAUUAGAUUUGACAAAAUAAACGACGAGUCAAGCUAUAACUCGUUGCAAGCUUAUGGUCAGUCAAAGCUAUGUAACAUAUUGCAUGCGAAAGAGCUUUCUAGGCAGCUCAAGGAACAAGGGGUGAAUAUCACAGCCAACUCCCUUCAUCCCGGAUCCAUUAUGACCAAUCUCUUACGCUACCACAGCGUCAUAAACAAAAUCGGAAAUCUGGUAGGCAAGUAUGUGCUGAAGAGUAUUCCACAGGGGGCUUCAACUACGUGUUAUGUUGCGCUUCAUCCGCAAGUUGAGGGAGUGAAUGGCGAAUACUUCAUGGACAACAAUGUCGCAAAUCCGAGCUCUCAGGCUAAAGAUGGAAACUUGGCCAAGAAACUAUGGGAGUUCAGCUUCAGCCUCACCGACCCGUAAAUAGUUUUUGGCUGAUACUCUGUUUCCCAAGUAGCCAUGGUUGAUCAAGGUCUCAUCCAUGGCGGUAGCAUACGCAGCGACAGGUCGCAUAGAAGAAAGAAGAAGAACAAUAAUACGAGGAUGUCUGAAAUCUGGAAAGAUUCAUGCUUUUCAACGUACACAAGUGAGAGAAAUCCCCCUUCAUCUGGGGAUUCUCUUCAAUAAGAACAAAAAAGAAAAAACUGGGCAUUUCAGAAAUCAAACGUUGUUGGUUCGUUGGAAUGGUUAUGGAGCUUUUAGCGAUGUCUGAAGAUAAUGUUA